UGGGAACGGCAACCACGACGGUCACAGCAACGAUUGACUGUGACACUCCACCGAAUACAUAUUUUCGAGUGAACCAGUUGCCAUGGCCGCUAGCAAAAUGUGGAUUGCUGUUGUAGUGAUCGUCGUAGGAACUAUUUUAGCAACCGCUCAGGUGCAGAACAGAGGAAACAAGGUUUCAUCGAAAACAAACGCAGCUAUGGUACCCAUGCCCAAGAUCGGUGGUGGUGACGAAGGGCAAAACAAGGAGGGCCCCUGGCCCCAGUGUGUGGGAUGGACCGGUGAAAAAUGCAAAACGUGGAUCGAAAGUUUCGCCGAAGACUUGCGAGGCAACGUGUACAUCCUUCCGGAAGAUUCCAUGAUGACGAUGGAUUUUCGCACGGAUCGGGUCCGCAUUCUGGUCGACGGAAAUGACCUGGUUUCUCAAACUCCUUCGCGCGGUUAGACCAUUGAUCAUGAUACUCGGUGCGACGUGAUGGAACGCAAUGCCGCAAUCUUUGUAUGAGCAAACUAGAGGUGGACGAAGAAACGAACAUUGAGCAGUCCUACUAUGCAUGCUUAGGCUUUACCAGCAAACGAGAGAAACCCCUGGUGUAAAUUAUAGAGUCGGAGAAUUUUCGUUGACAA